GUUGGGGGCGGGGCCAGCGCAAGCGGGAAACCGGGACCGAGAAAAACCGGGACCGCGGAGUUUGACCGGGAAUCGCGAAAAACCGGCAGCGGAACCGGCACCGGGAGCCCCGCGAUGAGGCGGCGGCGCGGCGGCGGCGCGGCCCCGGCUGAGGCCUGCGGGGUGUGGCUGGACACGGCCGAGCUGAAGCGGGGCCCGGCGCGGCCCCUGAGUGCCAAGCUGAAAGCACCCACCCGAAUUCCUGGGAGGAAGCACAGCCUGGGGCUGCUCCCACAGCCUGGCACCAGGCAAAGCACCAUCCCCACCUUCUUCAGCCCCCACACAGAUGAAAAAGACAAAGAAAACUCCAGGCCGAUUCCCUGCACCCCAAAUAAAGACUGGGAGGAGUCUGGGGUUCCUCUGGCUGCCUGUCCUGUGAAGAUCCUGGCACUGCCACAGCUGGAGGGAGCCUGGGAAGAGCCCCCUGGGGCUGAGCAGGGCUCAUGGAAAGCACCUCAGCAUCCCCUGGAGCUCCAAGGGGAGUCUCAGAGCCAGGACAAAACCUCCUGUGGGGCUGGGGAGGAUUCCUGGUGCUGCCAGGGCUCAGAGCACAGCGGGAUCAUCACUGCCAGGAACAAAUCCCAGUUAAUUCCUGGAGAAACAGCCUCAGGGAGCAGGAACCCACAGCCCUGGGGCAGAGUGAGCUCUGGGCUGGGUUUUGCUGGCACAGACAACACAAAUCCUGGCCCAGGGGCUGCUCCCAGGGGGGCUUGCUGCUCUGCCCAGAGCCCAGUGAGAGCUCAGCCCCUCCGGGAGCAGGGCCAGGUCCUGGGGGGAUCCUGCAGGCAGCUCUGGGGCCAGGACUGCCAGGGGAACAGGGACAUUGUCCCCAGGGCCAGGGGCAGCUCCCCCAGGGCCAGGGGCAGCCCCAGGCAGCAGCUGGAGCUGGGCUCUCAGCCCCUGUUCACACAGGACUCCGAGGGGAACAGGGUCAUCAAACACUGCUGAGGGAGCCCAGCCUGGCUGUGGGCUGGAGCUUAGGAUGGGACCCCAUGGGUGCAGCCCCUCUUUGUUCUCUGAGCCAUUGCUUUAAUCCAAAUAAAACGUUGGGGUUUUGUUUCUAAGGGUUUGGCUGUUUCAGUCAGGCCCCAAAAUGCACCAAAUCCUCCUGCAGAGGAACCCUGUGGGGACAGGGGCAGUGAUCACAUCCCCAGGGGCUCUGGGGGUGCAUCCAGGAGGGGAGGAACUCUCCCUAAAACUCAAAUUCUUCCAUCUCCCUUCUCUCUGCCACUCAUUUGGAAGGUGAGGAUGAUGCUUUAAUUUUUCAAGGAAAUCAAGGUGG